CCAGUGUGGCAGAGAAUGGCCACUGGCUGGCGUGGUGGCCCUGGGGGAGCCCAGAGUUCCCAUGGAGCUCGAUCCACUUGUCCCCUCCCUGUGUCUUCUAGCUCUGCAGCAAGAUCUUGGAGAAGACGGCCAACCCUCAGUGGAACCAGAACAUCACACUGCCUGCCAUGUUCCCCUCCAUGUGUGAAAAAAUGAGGAUUCGUGUCAUGGACUGGGAUCGCCUCACUCACAAUGACAUCGUGGCUACCACCGACCUGAGUAUGUCGAAAAUCUCUGCCCCUGGAGGAGAAAUAGAAGAGGAGACUGCAGGUGCCAUCAAGCCUUCGAAAGCCUCAGACCUGGAUGACCACCUGGGCUUCCUACCCACUUUUGGGCCCUGCUACAUCAACCUCUAUGGCAGUCCCAGAGAGUUCACGGGCUUCCUGGACCCCUACGCAGAGCUCAACACAGGCAAGGGGGAAGGUGUGGCUUAUCGUGGCCGGCUUCUGCUUUCCCUGGAGACCAAGCUGGUGGAGCACAGUGAGCAGAAGGUGGAGGACCUUCCUGCAGAUGACAUCCUCCGGGUGGAGAAGUACCUUAGGAGGCGCAAGUACUCCCUGUUUGCGGCCUUCUACUCGGCCACCAUGCUGCAGGAUGUGGAUGACGCCAUCCAGUUCGAGGUCAGCAUUGGGAACUAUGGGAACAAGUUCGACAUGACCUGCCUGCCGCUGGCCUCCACCACUCAGUAUAGCCGUGCAGUCUUUGACGGGUGCCACUACUACUACCUACCCUGGGGUAAUGUGAAACCUGUGGUGGUGCUGUCAUCCUACUGGGAGGACAUCAGCCAUAGAAUUGAGACUCAGAACCAGCUGCUUGGGAUUGCUGACCGGCUGGAAGCUGGCCUGGAGCAGGUCCACCUGGCCCUGAAGGCGCAGUGCUCCACGGAGGACGUGGACUCACUGGUGGCUCAGCUGAUGGAUGAGCUCAUCACAGGCUGCAGCCAGCCUCUGGGUGAUAUCCAUGAGAUACCCUCUGCCACCCACCUGGACGAGUACCUGUACCGGCUGCGCACCCGUCACCUGAGCCAAAUCACGGAGGCUGCCCUGGCCCUGAAGCUUGGCCACAGUGAGCUCCCUGCUGCUCUGGAUCAGGCUGAGGACUGGCUCCUGCGUCUGCGUGCCCUUGCUGAGGAGCCCCAGAACAGCCUGCCGGAUAUCAUCAUCUGGAUGCUGCAGGGAGACAAGCGUGUGGCAUACCAGCGGGUGCCCGCCCACCAAGUCCUCUUCUCCCGGCGGGGUGCCAACUACUGUGGCAAGAAUUGUGGGAAGUUGCAGACAAUCUUUCUGAAAUAUCCGAUGGAGAAGGUGCCUGGGGCCCGGAUGCCAGUGCAGAUACGGGUCAAGCUGUGGUUUGGGCUCUCUGUGGAUGAGAAGGAGUUCAACCAGUUUGCUGAGGGGAAGCUGUCUGUCUUUGCUGAAACCUAUGAGAACCAGACCAAGUUGGCCCUGGUCGGGAACUGGGGCACAACAGGCCUCACCUACCCCAAGUUUUCUGACGUCACCGGCAAGAUCAAGCUACCCAAGGAGAGCUUCCGCCCCUCGGCCGGCUGGACCUGGGCUGGAGAUUGGUUCGUGUGUCCGGAGAAGACCCUGCUCCAUGACAUGGACGCCGGUCACCUGAGCUUUGUGGAGGAGGUGUUUGAGAACCAGACCCGGCUUCCCGGAGGCCAGUGGAUCUACAUGAGUGACAACUACACCGAUGUGAAUGGGGAGAAGGUACUUCCCAAAGAUGACAUUGAGUGCCCACUGGGCUGGAAGUGGGAAGAUGAGGAAUGGUCCACAGACCUCAACCGGGCUGUCGAUGAGCAAGGCUGGGAGUAUAGCAUCACCAUCCCCCCGGACCGGAAGCCGAAGCACUGGGUCCCUGUUGAGAAGAUGUACUACACACACCGACGGCGGCGCUGGGUGCGCCUGCGCAGGAGGGAUCUCAGCCAGAUGGAAGCACUGAAGAGGCAUAGGCAGGCGGAGGCGGAGGGCGAGGGCUGGGAGUACGCCUCUCUUUUUGGCUGGAAGUUCCACCUCGAGUACCGCAAGACAGAUGCCUUCCGCCGUCGCCGCUGGCGCCGCCGCAUGGAGCCCCUGGAGAAGACGGGGCCUGCAGCUGUGUUUGCCCUCGAGGGGGCCCUGGGCGGCGUGGUGGACGACAAGAGUGAAGAUUCCAUGUCCGUCUCCACCUUGAGCUUUGGUGUGAACAGACCCACAAUUUCCUGCAUAUUUGACUAUGGGAACCGCUACCAUCUACGCUGCUACAUGUACCAGGCCCGGGACCUGGCUGCGAUGGACAAGGACUCUUUUUCUGAUCCCUAUGCCAUCGUCUCCUUCCUGCACCAGAGCCAGAAGACGGUGGUGGCGAAGAACACCCUUAACCCCACCUGGGACCAGACGCUCAUCUUCUACGAGAUCGAGAUCUUUGGCGAGCCGGCCACGGUUGCUGAGCAGCCGCCCAGCAUUGUGGUGGAGCUGUACGACCAUGACACUUACGGCGCAGACGAGUUUAUGGGCCGCUGCAUCUGUCAACCGAGUUUGGAACGGAUGCCCCGACUGGCCUGGUUCCCACUAACCAGGGGCAGCCAGCCGACGGGGGAGCUGCUGGCCUCUUUUGAGCUCAUCCAGAGAGAGAAGCCGGCCAUCCACCAUAUUCCUGGUUUUGAGGUGCAGGAGACAUCGAGGAUCCUGGAUGAGUCAGAGGACACAGACCUGCCCUACCCACCACCCCAAAGGGAGGCCAACAUCUACAUGGUUCCUCAGAACAUCAAGCCAGCGCUCCAGCGUACCGCCAUUGAGGUCCUGGCAUGGGGCCUGCGGAACAUGAAGAGUUACCAGCUGGCCAGCAUCUCCUCCCCGAGCCUUGUGGUAGAGUGUGGGGGCCAGACGGUGCAGUCCUGUGUCAUUAGGAACCUCCGGAAGAACCCCAACUUUGACAUCUGUACCCUCUUCAUGGAAGUGAUGCUGCCCAGGGAGGAGCUCUACUGCCCCCCCAUCACCAUCAAGGUCAUCGAUAACCGCCAGUUUGGCCGCCGGCCUGUGGUGGGCCAGUGUACCAUCCGCUCCCUGGAGAGCUUCCUGUGUGACCCCUACUCGGCGGAGAGUCCGUCCCCACAGGGUGGCCCAGACGAUGUGAGCCUACUCAGUCCUGGGGAAGACGUGCUCAUCGACAUUGAUGACAAGGAGCCCCUCAUCCCCAUCCAGCUUGCAGACGGUCUGUCGAGCUUGGCCCCUACUAACACGGCUUCUCCUCCAUCCAGUCCUCAUGAGGAAGAGUUUAUCGAUUGGUGGAGCAAAUUCUUUGCCUCCAUAGGGGAGAGGGAAAAGUGCGGCUCCUACUUGGAGAAGGAUUUUGACACCCUGAAGGUCUAUGACACACAGCUGGAGAAUGUGGAGGCCUUUGAGGGUCUGUCUGACUUUUGUAACACCUUCAAGCUGUACCGGGGCAAGACGCAGGAGGAGACAGAAGAUCCAUCUGUCAUUGGCGAAUUUAAGGGCCUCUUCAAAAUUUAUCCCCUCCCAGAAGACCCAGCCAUCCCCAUGCCCCCAAGACAGUUCCACCAGCUGGCCGCGCAGGGACCCCAGGAGUGCUUGGUCCGUAUCUACAUUGUCCGAGCAUUUGGCCUGCAGCCCAAGGACCCCAAUGGGAAGUGUGAUCCUUACAUCAAGAUCUCCAUAGGGAAGAAAUCAGUGAGUGACCAGGAUAACUACAUCCCCUGCACGUUGGAGCCUGUGUUUGGAAAGAUGUUUGAGCUGACCUGUACUCUGCCUCUGGAGAAGGACCUGAAGGUCACCCUCUAUGACUAUGACCUCCUCUCCAAGGAUGAAAAGAUUGGUGAGACGGUCAUCGACCUGGAGAACAGACUGCUGUCCAAGUUUGCGGCUCGCUGUGGACUCCCACAGACCUACUGUGUCUCUGGACCGAACCAGUGGCGGGACCAGCUCCGCCCCUCCCAGCUCCUCCACCUCUUCUGCCAGCAGCGCAGAGUCAAGGCGCCUGUGUACCGGACAGACCGUGUGAUGUUUCAGGAUAAAGAAUACUCCAUUGAAGAAAUAGAGGCUGGCAGGAUCCCAAACCCACACCUGGGCCCCAUGGAGGAGCGUCUGGCUCUGCACGUGCUUCGGCAGCAGGGCCUGGUCCCAGAGCACGUGGAGUCACGGCCCCUCUACAGCCCCCUGCAGCCAGACAUCGAGCAGGGGAAGCUGCAGAUGUGGGUCGACCUGUUUCCGAAGGCCCUGGGGCGGCCUGGACCUCCCUUCAACAUCACCCCACGGAGAGCCAAAAGGUUUUUCCUGCGUUGUAUUAUCUGGAAUACCAGAGAUGUGAUCCUGGAUGACCUGAGCCUCACGGGGGAGAAGAUGAGCGACAUUUAUGUGAAAGGUUGGAUGAUUGGCUUUGAAGAACACAAGCAAAAGACAGACGUGCAUUAUCGCUCCCUGGGAGGUGAAGGCAACUUCAACUGGAGGUUCGUUUUCCCCUUCGACUACCUGCCGGCUGAGCAAGUCUGUACCGUUGCCAAGAAGGAUGCCUUCUGGAGGCUGGACAAGACUGAGAGCAAAAUCCCAGCACGAGUGAUAUUCCAGAUCUGGGACAAUGACAAGUUCUCCUUUGAUGAUUUUCUGGGCUCCCUGCAGCUCGAUCUCAACCGCAUGCCCAAGCCAGCCAAGACAGCCGAGAAGUGCUCCUUGGACCAGCUGGAUGACACUUUCCACCCAGAAUGGUUUGUGUCCCUUUUUGAGCAGAAAACAGUGAAGGGCUGGUGGCCCUGUAUAGCAGAAGAGGGUGAGAAGAAGAUACUGGCGGGCAAGCUGGAAAUGACCUUGGAGAUUGUAACAGAGAGUGAGCAUGAGGAGCGGCCCGCUGGCCAGGGCCGGGAUGAGCCCAACAUGAACCCUAAGCUUGAGGACCCAAGGCGCCCCGACACCUCCUUCCUGUGGUUCACCUCCCCAUACAAGACCAUGAAGUUCAUCCUGUGGCGGCGUUUCCGGUGGGCCAUCAUCCUCUUCAUCAUCCUCUUCAUCCUGCUGCUGUUCCUGGCCAUCUUCAUCUAUGCCUUCCCGAACUAUGCUGCCAUGAAGCUGGUGAAGCCCUUCAGCUGAGGACUCUCCUGCCCUGUAGGAGGGGGCGUGGGGUCCCCUCCAGCAUGGGACUGGCCUGCUUCCUCCACUCAGCUCGAGCGAGCUCCUCCAGACCUCCAAGGCCUGAUUGUCCUGCCAGGGUGGGCAGACAGACAGAUGGACCGGCCCACACUCCCAGAGUUGCUUACAUGGAGCUCUGAGAUCACCCCACUUCCAUCAUUUCCUUCUCCCCCAACCCAACGCUUUUUUGGAUCAGCUCGGACAUAUUUCAGUAUAAAACAGUUUGAACCACA